AUUGUUUCUUUUUUAUAUAAAUAACUUUUUUGUUUUUUGGAAGUGCAGACCUACUUGGCCCUUUUGAUAGAAAAAACCAUUAUAUAGAAUAAAGAAGAGAAACAUAAAAUGAAGAGUGUACUUUUUAUUACUGUUAUUGCUGUGACAUUAUUGUGUGUUGUAAAUGGACGGGGUGGUUCUCCUGGUGCACCAGGAAGACCAGGAGAACCAGGACGACCUGGAGGAACUGAUUGGGGGUUUGAAACUACUACUACUUGGCCUAUUGAUGGAGGCUGUGGAGGAGAACCUGGUUACCCCGGAGGCCAGGGAGGGAGAGGAGGAAGAGGCUGUUGAGGUUCAAGAAUUAUUGGUUUCCCCGUCAAUAGGGCUAUUAGGAGAUAGAAAAAGAGUUACCAAAAAGAAUUUUCGUGCAAAGCGGGAGGUUCAAUUUUUUUCUCUCAAGUAUUUGGUUUUACCUGGCCAAGGAGGAUUGAAUCCACGACCUCCCACAUAUGAAGCGAGCAUGCUACAUUGA